AUGGAUUAUUCCGAGUUUCCCGCUGCUUGGGUAGCUCUGGGCCUGUGGUUACCUCAUUGGUGGCAAGCGAUGGCACCUGGGUCAGCACCCACUGCCUUCAACGCCUCAUUGACGGCGUCGUCAAUUGAAGUGUUGAAGAAGCAUCUGAAACCCAAAGGAUGGCUCGUUUGCACCCUGAAGGAAGGUUGGGGCCCAUUAUCACAAAAGUAUAACGACUUUGCCCCGUGUUUUCUUCAAGGGACGUUGAUGUUGAUGGCGGCAUUAUUUAUGAUCGCUGGUGGCGUCUACCAAUUGAUUCAAUUAAGUCGCCGCAAACAAGUGGGCAAUCGACUCAACUGGGGCUUCUAUGUCAAAAUGGUGGUUUCAGCUCUUUACCUUGGGUUUGCCAUCGUCUUGGCAGUGCAACAUAGUCACAAUGACAUUAUCCACACUCUGUUAGUGGCCACUGUUAUUGCCACUGUAGUGGCCAUGGCGUUACAUUACGUGGAACUGUUCAAAAGUCAGAUACCCAAUGGGGUACUUUUGUUUUACUGGCUUUUCGAGCUGGUUCUUUCGUGCGCCCGCUUGGGCAAUCUAUAUCUUCGACACCAAUUGCACACCGAGUUUGCCCGGUUUUCGGCAUUACUGGCGGUGGCAAGUAUUAUCAUACUUACGAUUGAGCUGUUGGUGAGACUUCUGCCAAUCAAGGUCGACGAUUUAGUCAAGAGUCCCUAUGAUACCGCGGAUGUGUUCAGCCGCAUUACCUUCAACUGGAUGGGGCCACUCAUGCGCCGUGGCUAUGAGCACUACUUGACUCAAAACGACUUACCUGCGCUCCCUGAAGAACUUAAGAGUCACAAUACUGCCGAAACUUUCACUGAAAACUAUUAUAAUCAAGAUAACUCGAGUCCAUCAUUAUUUUGGGCAAUUGCGCGUUCAUUUGGUACGCCAUUUAUUUUGGGUGGGGUGUUUAAAGCUCUCCAAGAUAGUUUGGCAUUUGUUCAACCUCAACUUUUACGAAUGUUGAUCAAGUUUGUUAAUGAAUACUCUGAGCUGCGCAAUGACCCUGACGGACCUAUUCCCUUAACGAAAGGUUUGAUGAUAGCUUUGGCCAUGUUUGCGGUGUCCGUGACUCAGACCGCCUGUUUGCACCAAUACUUCCAGCGAGCGUUCGAUCUCGGUAUGAAGAUAAAGACCUCGCUUACCACUGUCAUAUACGAUAAAGCCUUGGUGCUCAGCAACGACACUCGGCAAGAACUGCUGACCGGUGAUAUUGUUAACUUGAUGUCAGUUGAUGUACAAAGACUUCAAGAUCUUGUACAAAAUUUGCAAAUCAUAUGGCUGGGUCCUUUCCAAAUCAUAUUAUGUCUUGUGUCGUUGUAUAACUUGCUUGGUUACUCAAUGUGGGCUGGGGUAUUUAUCAUGUUAAUUAUGAUUCCCCUCAAUGCAGUUAUUGCAAAGUACCAAAAGAGAUUGCAACGCACACAAAUGAAAUACAAGGACAUGAGGUCUCGCUUGAUUCUGGAAAUCUUGAAUAACAUUAAGCUGCUCAAAUUGUAUGCAUGGGAACCGCCUUAUCUCAAAAAAUUGAAUCACGUUAGAAAUGAUUUAGAAUUGAGAAAUCUCAAAAAAAUGGGGGUGUUUUCCGCUGUCCUGAAUUUUACGUGGUCGUUAGCUCCUUUUUUGGUUUCGUGCUUGACUUUCGCUGUAUUUGUCCUCACUCAAAAAAAGGCUCUUACAACUGACUUGGUUUUUCCGGCCUUGCUGUUAUUCAAUUUGUUGUCAUUCCCCCUUGCCGUUGUACCCAUGGUGAUCACCAAUAUUGUCGAAGCCCAAGUGGCGGUGGCGCGUUUGACGAAAUUUCUCAACAGUCUGGAGCUUCAAUCGGACGCUGUGACCAGAACCGGUCCUGUAACUCAAAGAGGCGAUGUUGCAUUGUCAAUUAAAAACGGUACGUUCCUCUGGUCGAAGGACAAAGGUAAGGUGGCUUUGUCUAACAUCAAUUUGAAAGCGAAAAAAGGUGAACUUAGUUGCAUUGUUGGUCGCGUUGGGCUGGGUAAGCUGUCGGUACUUCAAGCAGCAUUAGGAGAUCUUUACAAGCUUGAUGGCGAAGUAACAAUUCAUGGUAAAGUUGCCUAUGUGUCUCAAGUGCCGUGGAUUAUGAACGGAACAAUCAAGGAGAACGUUUUGUUCGGACACAAAUAUGAUGCCGAGUUUUAUUAUCACGUUAUCAAGGCGUGCGCCCUUACAGUGGAUUUGAAAAUUUUACCCAAGGGUGAUCAAACUGAGGUAGGGGAAAAGGGUAUUUCCCUCUCUGGUGGCCAAAAGGCCAGGUUGUCACUUGCUCGCGCUGUGUAUGCCCGCGCGGAUGUCUAUCUUCUUGAUGACCCGUUACUGGCGGUAGAUGAACAUGUUGGUAGGCAUCUUCGCCAACAUGUAUUGGGCCCCAAUGGUUUGCUCCAACUGAAGUGUAAGGUCCUUGCCACAAAUAAUAUCAAGGUUUUGCUGGAGGCUGAUACUAUUCAAAUGAUUUCUGAUGGCCGUAUAAUUGAACUGGGUACUUUUGAUGAAAUAAUGAAGCAGGAAACAUCCAAGUUGUACAACUUAAUCAAAGAAUUUGGCGGCCUGAGUCGUGAAACUACUCCAGUGCGUGCACUGGAAUCCUCAACAAGAGUUGAUGCUUUGAAGCUGCAAGCCACCGUUCAACCCCAGCUGUUUCAAAGGGAAGGUACCCCGGCUCUGGUACAAGUCGAUCCCAACGACUUGGAGCUGGACACCGAUUUCGAUUGUUCUCUGAGUUUGCGUCGAGCUCUGGACGUCUCGUUGAGUGAACUUGACAAGCUAAAUCAAGAGCGGCAGCAGCAAGUUGAACUUGAUGAUGAUGCCAGGGCUCGUCAAGAACAUAUGGAACAAGGACGAGUGAAGUGGCAGGUGUAUAAAGCUUACGCUGAAGCCUGUAAUCCAAAAGGAGUGGUCGUGUUUCUUCUGUGCAUCGUUAUAUCCAUGGCCCUUCAAGUUGGACUGAAUGUGUGGCUUAAACAUUGGUCGGAAGUUAACACUGAACAUGGGUCUAAUCCGAACAUUGGAAAAUAUCUUGGUAUUUAUUUCUUACUUGGUGUUGGGUUUUCCACAGCCAUGUUGAUCCAAACCUGUGUAAUGUGGAUAUUCUGCACUAUACAGGGUUCUAAGAAGCUCCACAACGAUAUGGCUUACCUGGUUCUUCGUGCCCCCAUGUCUUUCUUCGAAACAACUCCCAUUGGGAGAAUUCUCAAUCGGUUUUCGCAAGAUAUUUACAAGAUCGAUGAAGUUCUUGGUAGAGUAUUUGGACAAUUUUUUUCGAACUCUGUGAAGGUGAUGUUCACUAUUGGCGUGAUUUGCUUUUCCACUCCUGUGUUCGUGUUCAUGAUCUUACCAAUUCUUGGAUUAUACAUCUACUACCAACAAUAUUACCUCAAAACCCUGAGAGAGCUCAGACGGUUGGACUCAGUUCUGAAGUCGCCCAUUUUUGCUAACUUCCAGGAGUCUUUGAAUGGGGUGCUGGUGAUCCGGGCCUAUGGACAAACGAAUCGAUUUAAGUUCAUGAACGAGUUGCAGGUUGAUAAAAAUAUGCGGGCAUACCACCCACUGAUCAAUGCCAAUCGGUGGUUGGCCGUUAGAUUAGAGUUUUUGGGGUCUAUCAUUAUCUUGGGUGCUGCCGGCCUCGCAAUUUUGACUCUUCGUCUGGGUCAUUUACUGGCUGGUUUAGUGGGUUUAUCAGUUCUGUAUGCCUUACAAAUUACUCAGUCGCUCAACUGGAUUGUACGUAUGACUGUCGAGGUUGAAACAAAUAUUGUACUGGUUGAGCGGGUACUUGAAUAUUCUGAGCUAGUCCCCGAGGCUCCAGCAGUUAUUGAGGACCACCGUCCCAGUAAGGGUUGGCCUCAUCUGGGUGAAAUCAUCUUCAAAGAUUAUUCAGCGCGCUAUCGUCCCGAACUUGAGUUGGUGCUCCGCAACAUCAAUUUGCAUGUCAACGCUCACGAAAAAAUCGGUAUUGUUGGUCGAACCGGUGCUGGAAAGUCGCUGAUGACUCUUGCGCUUUUCCGAAUUAUCGAAAAGUCAUCCGGGCUGAUUGUCAUCGACACCGUUGACACUCUGACAAUAGGUCUUGCUGACUUACGUCACAGUUUGCUGAUUAUCCCUCAAGAUUCACAAGUGUUUGAGGGGACCAUCCGCUCUAACUUAGAUCCAACGAAUGAGUAUCUGGACGCCAAAUUGUGGAAGGCGCUUGAGCUUGCUCAUUUGAAGGACCAUGUCCAAAACAUGUACAAUCUGCGGGAUCAGGAUGAUUCGGAAAUUACACUGGCACUUGAAGUGAAAGUAUCUGAAGGUGGGUCUAACUUACUGAUUGGCCAACGUCAAUUGAUGUGCCUCGCCAGAGUGCUUUUGAAGAUGAACACGCUGAAUGUAUUAGUGCUCGAUGAGGCUACUGCUGCUGUUGAUGUUGAAACGGACAAAAUCUUACAACAAACAAUUCGGACCGAGUUUAAGGACAAAACAAUCUUAACGAUUGCUCAUCGGUUAAAUACAAUUAUGGAUAGUGACCGUAUUGUCGUUUUGGAUAAAGGCGAAGUUGCUGAAUUCGAUACACCUGAGGUAUUAUUAGCUAACAAAUCUUCGUUGUUCUACUCGUUAGCUCAAAAAGGUGGUUUCACUGAUGACAAAAACAAAUAA